AUGUGCCGGGCAUCACCAGAGAGCGGGUGCCACGUGCUGCUCUGGAACUGGCGGCGGAAGAGACAGCUCAAAGCCCAGCAGCAGAGGAGACCAUCUUCCCAGGAGCUCACAGCCUUGAAGACACCGAACGCCGAUGCCGCGCUGUUGCCUGAGGACAGGAAGGAGAAGGCAGCGCUGCGAGAGGAGCGGACGGAGAACACGAAACUCCUCCAAGGCCAGGAGGAGGAGGAGGAGCGGCUGCGGGAUGCCGGCCGGGCAGGGAGCGCGAGAAUCGCCCAGGACGUUAACAUCCAGACGCAUAGGGUUUGUCAUCUCCUUUCUUCCCAGGUGGAAAAGAGAAAAGACCUGGAGCUGGAGGAGCAGUUCGAUGCCCUGAGGAGGGAGCACACGGAGACCCUGCAAGAGCUCCGGAGAGCACAUGAGGAGGAGAAGCUGCUGCUGGCAGAGUCCCACCACAGGUCCCAGGCAGCCUUACAGGAGACGAUCCAGGCGCUGAAUUCCCAGCUGAAGUCCUUCCAGGAGAGGAUGAAGCGGGUGGAGGAAUCGCUCUUGAGCACAGACUACAAGAAGCACAUCCAGCUGAACCUGGAGACUGUGGCAGAGAGGAACCUUCUGCUGGAGGAGAAGGUGAAGACUCUGCAGCAGGAGAACGAGGAC